AUGUUUAGAAACAAUUACGAUAACGAUUCUGUUACUUACUCGCCUACGGGUCGUUUGUUUCAGGUUGAGUAUGCAUUGGAAGCAAUUAAGCAAGGAAGUGCUGCUGUAGGUUUAACAUCCAAAGACUAUGUCGUGCUUGUGGCUUUAAAGAGAAAUGCCGAAGAAUUGGGCUCGUACCAAAAAAAAAUUAUCAAGAUUGAUGAUCACAUGGGAGUAGCAUUGGCCGGGUUGGCUCCAGAUGCACGUGUUUUAUCCAAUUUCUUGAGAAAGCAAGCAAUGCAGUGUAAAAUGAUUUUCAAUCGCCCCAUUCAGACUCAAAAAGCAGCUUUUACAAUUGCCGAUAAAGCUCAGGAAAAUACCCAAAGCUACGGAUCUAGGCCAUACGGUGUGGGAUUGUUGAUUGCGGGGUAUGACGAAACUGGAGCACAUUUGUUGGAGUUUCAGCCAUCGGGAUCGGUUCUUGAAUAUUUUGGAGCUGCUAUUGGAGCUAGAUCACAAGCUGCCCGUACGUAUUUGGAAAGAAAUUUGGACGAGAUCAGAAGUUCCGACUCAAUUGAAAAGCUAAUCGUACAUGGAUUGUACGCCUUGAGAGACACAUUAAGUCAGGAUGUUGAAUUGACAUUUAAAAACACGAGUGUUGCUGUGGUGGGUAAAGGUCAACCAUAUAUUUCUUAUGACGAUGAAGAUGUUCAGCAAUGGCUCGACAAACUAGAUUCAGUAACAAACGAUAGAAAUAGAGCUGACGGUGAUGAGGAGAAUAGAAAUGAGGAAAGAGGUGAAACUGCUGGAAAUGAAACCACCCAAGGUGGAGAAGAAUCUGGACAAGGGGAUAGGAUGGAUACAGAUGAGUAA